AUGCCUUCUCUUGCAGACUUGGGAGUCAUGGACCACAUGAGUAGGUCAGAUGAUGACAUGGAUGACAGCUUGUCAACAUGCUCCUACUACUCUCUUUCCGACGUAGAGGACAUGCCAUUCAGGAAGAUCCCUGCGCAUGAAGUUCGCAAGCAAAGCGAGCAAGUCCCUGAGUUCAGCUAUCUCUCUACAUACCCUCAUACCUUCCGCAACAGCGAGGCACUACCGCUCAAGGUAGCCGGCCCAUGGCUGGAGUAUCCCCUUUGCCCUAAAGGCAGCUACAAACAGUCCAUGGGUAUGGAUCCAGGACCAGCGCGAGUCAUCAUCAACCCGUCUGUCCCUGGUGGACAUGACGUUAUUUAUCAUCCCACAAAGUGGGAAGGGAGGUUUCUUCAGGCCAAGUACCGACCUAAAGGGUACAGAGCAAAGAUCUCUGGAUGUUUUUACGGAGCAUCUCAUGGGUUGACCCAGCUGACUCCCCAGCAAGCGUUUGCCUUGGCAGCGCAGCAACAGUAUUUUGCAUUGCAGCAACAGAGCCUGAUGGCUAGUUGCAUGUACCCACAGGUCAUGGGCUACAACGGAGUUAUCCGCGGUCAGUCUUUGCUGGAGUUUUAA